AUUGAUGCGGGAUCGAUGCGGGAUCGAUGCGGGGCCGCCGGGAUUCGAACCCGCGUCCUCAGCUCCGCCGGGGCGAGGCAGGGCGGCCCGAUCCACGCAUUCCAACAUGACGUCACCCCCGUGGAGCCAAUGGCAGCGCGCGAGGGGCGGGACAUCUGGGAUCUCGCAGCCAAUAGCGGAGGAGAAUGGGCGGAGCCGGCGGCUGUGCUGGAAUGCGGCGGUGCGGGCGGGGGCGGCCCAGGUGCUGAGAGGAGCGGGGGGAGCUGCCGGGCCGCCGCCAUGUCCACCUUCCGGCAGGAGAACGUGGAGGAGUUCUACGAGAUGGGGGAAGAGCUGGGCAGCGGCCAAUUCGCCAUCGUGAGGAAAUGCCGGGAGAGGAAAACGGGUCUGGAAUACGCGGCCAAAUUCAUUAAGAAGAGACGAUUAUCAUCGAGCCGCCGUGGGGUGAGCAGGGAGGAGAUCGAGAGGGAGGUGGACAUCCUGCGGGAGAUCCAGCACCCCAACAUCAUCACCCUGCACGACAUCUUCGAGAACAAGACGGACGUGGUGCUGAUCCUGGAGCUGGUGUCGGGGGGGGAACUAUUCGACUUCCUGGCUGAGAAGGAAUCGCUGACGGAGGAGGAGGCCACGCAGUUCCUGAAGCAGAUCCUGGACGGGGUGCAUUACCUGCACUCCAAACGCAUCGCACACUUUGACUUGAAGCCAGAGAACAUCAUGCUGCUGGACAAGAACGUGCCCAACCCCCGCAUCAAACUCAUCGACUUCGGGAUCGCCCACAAGAUUGAAGCUGGGAAUGAGUUCAAGAACAUAUUUGGGACGCCGGAGUUUGUGGCACCUGAAAUUGUGAACUACGAGCCGCUGGGGCUGGAGGCCGACAUGUGGAGCAUUGGGGUCAUCACUUACAUCCUGCUGAGCGGGGCCUCCCCCUUCCUGGGGGAAACGAAGCAGGAGACCCUCACCAACAUCUCUGCCGUCAACUACGACUUCGAUGAGGAAUACUUCAGCAGCACCAGCGAGUUGGCCAAGGACUUCAUCCGCCGGCUGCUGGUCAAGGACCCCAAGAAGCGGAUGACCAUAGCUCAGAGCCUGGAGCACCCCUGGAUCAAGGUGAUCAAGAGGAGGAACGUCCGCAACGAGGACAGCGGGAAGAAGGCGGAGCAGCGGCGGCGGCUGAAAACGACGCGUCUGAAGGAAUACACCAUCAAGUCUCACUCCAGCAUGCCGCCCAACAACACCUACGUCAACUUCGAGCGCUUCUCCAAAGUGAUGGAGGAGGUGGCGGCGGCGGAGGAAACCCUCCGCGAGAUACAGAGGAACAAGAAAUCCUUCCGCGAGGACAUCGAGGCGCUGCUGUCCAUCUACGAGGAGAAGGAAUCGUGGUACAAAGAGGAGAACGAAAGCAUCGGCCGCGACCUGCGGCAGAUCCGGCAGGAGCUGCUCCGGGCUGAAUCCGCACGGCAGCGGGCGCAGGAGGAGAGCAGGAACGUGAUGCAGGCGGCCGGGGGGCUGCGACGGCGCUACCGCAGGUUGGAGAAGCGUUAUGGAGCCCUGGCUGAGCAGGUGGCAUCCGAGGUGCGAUUCGUGCAGGAGCUGCUCUGGUCCAUUGAGAGAGAGAAGCUGCAGAGCGGAGGAGAGGACGGCAGCAUCCGCUGAGGUGGGGGGAUGAGCAGUGGGAGGGGGAGCCUGGGGAUGUGGGGUGGGAUAAGGGGGGUGUGGAUGGCUGGGGGGAUGGGGAAUGUGGGGCUUGGGGUUGGGAGUUGCCUCGUGGGUAGCAGCGGGUUGUGGAACAAGUGGGGUCAUGGGGCAGGACAGCAGCCCUAUGGUUAGCAGAGGGGAUGAGGAAUAUGUAGGGCUGUGGGGUAGGACAGUGGCCCCAUGGAUAGCAGUGGGGGUGGUUGAUGUUUGGGGAUGUGGGGUGGGAACAGCCCCAUGGCUAGGUAGUGGGGUCAAGGAGCCACACUGUGGGGCAGGAUGGGGGUCCUGUGGCUAGGUAGGGGGAUUGGAGGGACACGUGGGGCUGUGGGGUGGGACAGCAGCCUCAUGGCCAGGUGGGGGUGUCAGGGAACAUGUAGGGCUGUGGGGUGGGUUUGGCAACCCUAUCAGUAGGCAUUGAGGUCAGGGGGUGCCCUGUGGGGCGGGAGGAGCCCCAUGUCUUGGUAGUGGGGUCAGGGACCAAGUGGGGUGGGACAGCAGCCCUAUAAUUCAGCUUUGCGUGUCCUCAGUGUCAGUGUGAGGCCGGAGCUCAGUGCUGUCCCCAGUAGAGCCCCCAGUUGUCCCCAGUGUCUGUGGGGUGCCCCCCCCUGAGCACCCUCCUUUCCUUGGGAUCCUCUGGGGGUCCUGUGCCGUCUGUGGGGCUCCACUCCCCUCAAUGGGGUGGACAUCUCGUGUCCCUCAGGGCCACAAACCUAUGGAGGGGAAUGGGACCAAAGCACUGUCCCUACAUGGCCCCAAACCCCAGCCUGACCCCAGAGCAGCUGUGCUUAAGGGGAAGGAUUGGAAGUGCCCCCCAAGGCUGCCCCACAGUGCUUCCUCCCAUCCAUGUGCAGCUUUAAGUCCCAUUUAAUGAAAUAAAGCUUUCUGUUCUCAUAA